CAUUGCUUAUUUCAUACAUGCAGGUGAAUGUCCUCUCUUCAUGCUGUAUUGUCGCUGUUUACUCAUUCCUUGGAGGAUGGAAGAAACACGAUUGACGUUCUCAGCAGAUUGAUUGUUCUUGCUCAUGUUCGUGAAGUGACCCCCAAAGGAGCUACGAAACUCAGUGAUGGUGAAGUUAAGCUUUAUAACGUUUAUCGACCGAUGUUGAUUUUCUUUGCCCUUGUUAACAAACUACAGCAUUUGCUCAAGGAGCAUUUGGCAUCCACGUCAACUUGGUGUCAGGAUGUUGCUUCUUACAUUCGUAAGAAUGAUGAAAAAGUGUUGAAGUCAUGUGAAGAGUUGGUCAACUUCUACCAAGAUGACCUUCUUCCAGCGGCAUCUUUUACAGAAUUCUGUGAUGUUACAGGUUUGCUCGGAGAAAUCACUGAUCCAGGAAAAUUCAUGGGAGAUCUUUUGAACUCACUUCCAAAGUGAAUAACAUGAUUAUACUGCAGCAUUUACUAAAACCAUAGGAAAGGGAAAAUUGAGAUAGUUAAUUUCCCAAGUAGUUUAUAUGUUUACAAUUGGCAUUGUCUUUAUUAAUAAAAUAUGCAUGAUUAUUGGAACUGCACUUGUUUGAUA